AUGCUUUUGGCUCUUAGUUUUGAUGUAAGAUGGGUGGAUCUUAUAAUGCUUUGUGUGACAACAGUAUCCUAUACCUUCCUAGUUAAUGGAUCGGAGAGUCAACCUGUAAUACCUACUCGUGGACUACGCCAGGGGGACCCAUUGUCCCCAUAUCUUUUUAUCAUUGGUGCUGAAGAUGACAGUUUACUAUUCUUCAGAGCUAAUGUGCAGGAGGCCAAUGAGAUUAAAUCUUGCCUGGCUAAUUAUGAGCUUUUAUCUGGACAAGUGUAUAGAGAUCAGGUAGCGCAAGCUUUGGGAGUUGUCCAAGCUCUUAAUUUUGGAAAAUAUUUGGGGCUCCCUUCUUUUGUUGGAGGAAAUAAAAAAGCGGUUUUUGCUUAUAUUGAGGACAAAAUCAGACAAAGAAUAGGGUCUUGGAACAAGAAGCUUCUAUCACAGGCGGGAAAGGAGAUUCUAUUGAGAAGUGGGGCUCAGGCAGGGGCAGGGGAAUCCAUUGGAAAGCUUGGGAUAAACUCUGUAUCCCAAAUUAGAAGAAAGCAAGCAUGGCGCUUUCUUACCAACACUGACUCUUUGGUAUCUCGUGUGUAUAAAGCCCGAUACUAUCCUAAUAGUAACUUCCCAGAGGAAACUUUAGGAGGGAAUCCCAGUUAUUGUUGGCGGAGUAUUAUGGCAGCCAAACAGCUGGUCUGUAAUGGAGUCAGGCGACGUAUUGAGACUGGGACUACUACACUGAUAUGGGAGCACCCCUGGCUUCAAGAUGAUACUGACCCAAUGAUUCAUACUGAGAUGCCACCACAACUGGCUGGAUUUAGGGUGGUAGGAUUAAUAGAUCAGGAAACAGGCCAAUGGGACCAGCAGAUCUUAACUGAUAUUUUCGAACCAGGUGAUGUGCCUAGAAUUUUGAAGAUACCGAUUUCACCAGGAUACGAGGAUACAUGGUAUUGGCAUGGGGACCCAAAUGGUGUCUAUACGGUCAAAGAUGGAUACAAGUUGGUAGUUGGGAACUAUAGCACCCCUACUAAUGGAAACUUUGAUAAAUGGCUCAACCUGUGGAGCCUGAAAAUCCCACCCAAAUGA